ACAGGUUCCGGUAAAAAUGUCUAGCUAACCCCCGCAGGUUCCGAAUUUCUUUUGAGAAAUAUUUAAUUCAGUAAACAACCGCCAACAUGUCGGAAAGAAGCAUUUCCCUAAACGAGUUGCUGAAUCUGUCCAUCGCGCCUCCUCGGAUGAACUCGGUGAAUUACAGCGCGCUGCACGCGCUCCUCCUCGCGGUGCUCCAGGAGCUGGGCAUCCAGGAGCAGGCGACCCCGUGGAGGGACUUCUCUCCCCGCUGCAAAGCGGAGGAAUUCUCCGCUCCGACCCUGGAGGAGGAGAAGGAGGAAGAGGAGCUCCACAUCACGCGGCAAGGGCGGGAAGCGCGCGGGGGGCUUCCAUCCCGCAUCCAGAGCCUCGAGGACGGCGUGUCAGAAGCGAUGGCGCUCAUUCAGGAUCUGAGGACACAGGUGGAGACGCUCCAACAGCAGAUGAUUUCUCCGACGGAUGGAGGAGAAGCCGAGGAGGUGAAGAAGUGCUGCGUCCGUGUGGAGGUGCUGGAGGAGGAUGUGAAGUCCCUGAGAAACGCCUUCCAGAGCUUUCCAGACCCGGAGCAGAUGAGCCGCAUGACCAGAGACGUCCUGCAGUCGGUGCAGCUGAGCGACAGAGGAAACCUCCAGCAGGAGUCCUCCUCCCACCUCCAAACGGCAGACGCAGCGGAGGCCUUGAGAACCGUCAGCCUCCAGCAGGAGAAGGUCGGCGAGCUGGAGGCUCGCGUCGACGCUUUGGAGGAGGAUCAGAGCCAGCUGGCCGAGCUCAGAGAGUUCAUCGCUGACCGAGGAAACCAGGAGCAGCUGAUGGAGGAGCUGAACCAGCAGAGAGCGCUGAUCGAGAGCCUGAUGAGCGAACAUGACAAGCUGGACAGCCUGGAGGAGAUGCUGCUGAAGCCGGACGCCUCCGAGGAGACGUCGGACCGAGCGGACGCCGACAGCAAGGAGCUCAGACUGCAGGUGUCGCAUCUCAGGAGGUGUGUCCAUCAGCUGGAGGAGGACCUGAAGCAUCUGACACAGAGACAGGACUUGUGUGAGGAGACGACAGCCAAGCAGAACUUCCAGGUCCAGCUGGAUGAGCUGCACGGCAUGCUGGAGGACUUCAUCCUGUCCCUGACCUCCCACCUGUCCGGCAGCGUGGACGACGAGGUCGAACAGGACCAGAACCAAAGCCCGGAUCCCAAGCAGAGCCCCCAGAGCACCAGGAGGUCGGCCUUCACCGUCAAAACCGUAAACGUGUGCAGGAAGCUCACCCUUCUGAUCCAGCGCUGCCAGCACCUGGAGGACUCUGUGAAGCUCCUCCUGGGUGAGGGCGGGGCGCCGCCGAGGGGCAGAGAUCCGGACGGAGAGGACGGUCAGAAGCUGAGCGACGUGCAGAGGAGCAUCCUCCACCUUCAGGCCGACUGCGAGAAGCUGCAGGAGGCGACCACGCUUCUGCGCGACGACAGCCGGCGGAAGCACCAGCGCAUCGAGGAGCUCUACAAGAUGACAGAGGAGCUGAGUGUGAGGAAGGCCGACAAGCAGAUGGUGGAAGAUGAAAUCGGAGCAGACAAAACGGCUCUGGAGAACAAAGUGAGCCGGCUCCAGUUCGACACGACCAUGGAGCAGCUGAACGCCAUGUUCCACGACCUGCUGAACAAAGUGACGGACCAGGAGCAGGACUGGCACAGCGUCAUGGACAAGCUGUCCUCCGAGAUGGAGUGUAAGCUCAACAGGAUCGAGCUGGACUCCAUGAAGAAGCAGCUGGAGGACCGCUGGAGGAACAUCUACAAGACGCUGCAGGCGCAGGACGCUCCGGAGGCCGACGACGCCGCCGCCUUGAGGAAGCAGCUGGUGGAGCGGUUCCACUGCCUCUCUUGUGACCGGCCCGUCCUGAAGCGAAUCCCCACCUCCGUCACGGUGACUCUUCCGUCCUUCCCGCCAUUUCCCUCCCGGAGGUCCCGGCGCGUCUACCCAGCGGAGGUGUCGCGCCAGCAGUACAGAAGCGAGCGGAUCCCCGAGCUGGUGGAGUACGGACGCAUGCUGAUGUCCAGGAACUGCGGCGGGAGUCACACCAGCACCUCCACGCUGCAGCGCCGCAGCGGCCGGCAGCACACCAAGCUCAGCAGCCUGGCCGAGGCAGACGGCGCCGGCCAGGUGGACAUCAUCGGAGAGGACGGACGUUUGUACAGAGGUCGCCUGGACCUGCCGGAGACGAGGAGCCCAGACUCCAAACUGCCCACAAUCAAAGACAGCGCACACCGGACUAAAGACAGGGCCAAGAGCUCCGCCUCCCUGAGGCCGACGCCGUCCCCAGAGGGGGGGCAGACCAGUCCGGUUCACCAGCCGGCCCCCAGUGCCAGGAGCCCCCAGUGCAGCCGCUCAGGUGAGUCAGGCACAGGUGUGUUUACCUGCUUCUGUCUGGGCAGAUCUGGCUGGUCACAUGGUACGCCCCUCCCCCCCUGCAGCCUCCAGCUGCUCUGGCCGGGAUUGGCCCGUCUCGGCGCUGGGAUGCUGCACGUCUCAGAGCUCCAUCAGUCCGGCCUCCGGCGCCGACAGCAGCCUGGAUCCUCGGGGCAGCGCUCCGCUCAACCUGUAGGGGGCGGCGCCGAGCUCUACCGGCCGGACGGCGUUGCAUAAUGUGAGAAGCUGCGGGCGGCAGAACGGAACAUCCUGUUCACAGAAGCUCAACGCUUCAUGCGGGCAGGCCCCACGAGGCGCCGCCGCCGCCCGUCGCCGCGACCACAGAGACGUUCUGCUGUUGAGGAACUCAUUUGUGAAGUUCUGCUGUCAAAGCAAAACCACUGAGAGGAAAAUGAAAACGAUCAGAUAACUACAGAACCACUGAAGAUCUACGCCGGGGAUGGAUGCUGCCUUCACUUACAGUCAGGAAACUAAAACUCACAAACAAAGACUGAAACCGGCCCAUCUAAAGCAGGUCGGAGGUUUGGGUUUGAGUCAAACAUCAAUCAGAACCGGUUCUGUUCUCCCUGCAGAAGAACUUUAAGGAGAGACAGAAACACGGAGAGCUGAAGCUGGAACUCUUUAUUAAACGUAUAAAUACAGAUUUCAGCAGAACAGAAACCUUCAGAGGUGGACUGGGGGGUCCGGGGGGGCUGAGGACUGCAGACGAUGGAGGAUCCACUCCUCAAAGCUGCUCAGAACCGCUGAGGUAAAGACAGAGGAUCCACUCCUGACCUCUGACCCCCCCAGCAAGGCUCCCCCUCUGGAACCACAAACUGCUGGUGCAGAUCACCUGACCAGGUGUACCCCACCCCCCUUACCAGGUAGAUAAUGACUGAUCUGAAAGGACCCGUGAGCAGAUCAUAAACCAACAUCUUUGACUGAAGGAAAACGUUCUCGAGGGCGGAGCCUCGGAGGUAGGAGUGGCUGAGGGCGUCGCCAGAGCGUGCCCAGGUGGGAUUCUGCUGAGGACUUUAUGGUUCCGUUCACUCCGACUCAUCCAAACCUACAGGAGCUCCAUCACUUUAUUGCAAACGUCACGAGCCGUUCCGGUCUUCACCGGGAUUAUCGGGUCAGAACCGGAAGAACAGCUGGAAAAGAAACAAAAAAAA